AUGACUUCUUCAAAAAUUCAAAAAGAUAUUGCGAGUGCUUGUGCACAAGAAACCGUGAAAGCUAUAAUUGAUGACUUGGAUGGAGAUUUUUUUGGAAUUAUAGUUGAUGAAUCCAAGGAUAUAUCACACCAUGAACAAAUGGAAACAGUAUGCUCUGUGCUUAUGAGACAUUCUUUAAGUACAUCUAAAAUACGUGGACAAGGCCAUGAUGGUGCUAGUAACAUGCAAUCGUUGUCAAAAAAUUUGCUUGUGGAUGAUUUUUUUGCUAUUAUUACUAAUGUGUUAAAUGUGGUAGGAGCAUUAUUUAAGCACAGAGAUCAACUUCGGGACCAUCAAGCAGAAAUUUUGAAGCAACUACUAGAAAGUGGUGAAGUUCAAAGUGGAAAAGGGUUAAAUCAAGAACGAGCACUUCAAAGGCCAGGUGACACUCGUUGGGGAUCACAUUUUAGAACAUUGGAUAACUUCAUUGUUUUAUUUUCAUCUAGAGCUCAUGUGCUUGAUGCGAUUAAAUGUGGAGGCUCUAAUCCUAAUGAUAGAUUGCAAGCAGGAGCUUUUUUUACUAUGAUCAAUGAAAUUGAAUUUGUUUUCUUGCUUCACUUGAUGUUGAAGAUAUUGGUGAUGUCCAAUGAGUUGAGUGCAUCAUUACAAAGAAAAGACCAAGAUAUUAUCAAUGCUAUGAUAUUUCUUAACAUUACUAAGACAAGAUUGCAAUUGUUGAGAGAUGAUGGAUGGUAUGCUUUGAUGAAUGAAGUUCUUGAAUUUUGUGAUAAACAUGAAAUCUUGGUACCUAAGAUGGAUAAUUUUUAUCUUCCCGGAAAGUCAAAGCGUAGGCCUUCUAGUGUUACUUACUCACAUCACUUACGUGUUGAGCUCUUUUAUGCUAUAAUUGACUUGCAACUUCAAGAGCUUAAUAAUCGUUUUGAUGUUGUGAGUGGUAACUUACUUAUUGGUAUGGAAAAAAUAAUGACAUUGGCCAAACAUUAUCCAGAUGAGUUUGGUGAAUCGAAGCUUCGGGAGCUUAGUUACCAACUUGAUACUUUCAUUAUACACAUGCGACGUGGUGAUCCUAUAUUCUCUAAUUUGAAAGGAAUUGGUGAUUUGGCAGAAGCACUAGUUAAUACCAAUCUUGUGGAGACUUAUUCUCUUGUGUACUUGUGA